AGAGAUGAUUAACAUAAUGAAGAAAGAACAGAUUUGGGGGGUUUCUGUAUGUCUGCUGCUUAGCUGUGCUUCUGCCCUUCUCAAUGAUGUUCCUGAGGAAGGUGAAGAAUAUACAAACAUUACAGAUGCUGAGAUGCCCCCAUUGAAACUUGUACAUUCAUUUUGUGCAAUGAGAGCAGACGAUGGCCCAUGCAAAGCAAUGAUAAUGAGAUUUUUCUUCAAUAUUCAUACUCAGCAAUGUGAAGAAUUUAUAUAUGGAGGAUGUGAAGGAAAUCAGAAUCGAUUUGAAACUCUGGAAGAGUGCAAACAAAAAUGUACAAGAGAUUAUCUAAAGGACAUGACAGAGACAAAAGCAACACUGCCAAAAGAAAAGCCAGAUUUCUGCUUUUUGGAAGAAGAUGCUGGAAUCUGUCGAGGUUAUAUUACUAGGUAUUUUUAUAACAAUCAAUCAAAGCAGUGUGAACGUUUCAAGUAUGGUGGGUGCCUCGGGAAUCUCAACAACUUUGAAUCACUGGAAGAAUGCAAGAACACCUGUGAAGACACAUUGAAUGAUUUCCAGGUAGAUGAUCAUAGAACCCAGGUUGAUGCUAUGAAUAAUGCCUCCUUGACUCCCCAGCCUAGCAAGGAACCCAGCAUCUUUGAGUAUUAUGGCCCCUCCUGGUGUCUGACCGCAGCAGACAGGGGACCGUGUCAAGCCAACGUGACCAGAUUCUACUACAAUUCAGUCAUUGGGAAAUGCCGCCCAUUUAACUACAGUGGAUGUGGAGGGAAUGAGAACAAUUUUACCACUAAAAAAGCAUGUCUUAGGGCUUGUAAAAAAGGUUUCAUCCAAAGAAUAUCAAAAGAAGGAUUAAUUAGAACCAAAAGAAAAAGAAAGAAGCAGCCAUUGAAAAUAGUAUAAGAAGAAAUUAUUGUGAAAAAGAUUUGUUUAUUGUAAACAAUCUAAUCAAAUUGCUUAUUCUGUGGCUAUAACUUAAAACUGUCUACUAUGAAUUUAUUAUUCUCUUGAUUCCUUUCUAACUAUCUGCCAUUUAAGUACAAUUUAUCAUACUGCUGGCCCCAUUGAGUCAGUCUGUUUUACCAUCUGGUGGUUAUCUAUUUGAGAAUAUGUCGUCACUUGUUUUUAUCACAUAUACAAUUAUAUUCUUUAUAGCCUACAUUCAGAUUAACAAAUAUAACUAUUAAAGAUCAAGUGGUUUGGGGUUUCACAUCUAAAAUGGUGGCAAGCAUCUUUUUCUGAUAAGAUUACUCAAUAUUACAUUUGGAAAGAGCUGGUAACAACAGAAUUCUAUCACAUGAUUCACUCCCUAGACAUACUUCCGCUCCUUUUACAUUAACCAGCACUUCAAACAAUCUUAAGCCAAAUCAUCUGAACAAAGAGAGUCAACUCUGUGUCAUGGGAUUCAUGGGGUCGCAAAGAGUCGGACACGACUGAGCGAGUGAACUGAAACUGAACUGGCCCAUCUUGUCAGUAAAGAGGGUUGAAUAGUUGUGUGUUAAAUACAGAUCAUGAUAAGAAAAGUUCUGGUGGAAAAGAGAAGUUUUUAAUGGCAAUCUGAAGAAAAUUAUUUAUUUACUUUCUAAUUUUAUUGUUUGACAAAAUUUUCUCUUCCCCAGAAUGGCAAGAAUAUAUAAACCUCCCGAAACAUAUUCAUUUAUAAUUAGGCUUUGCGCACAAUCCAACCAGUAAUUCAUGAUUUUAAAAAUGUCAUACUAUUUCUGUAAAAAAGGAAGACAAAAUUAUCAGCAAGGGAAAGUCUCCUAGAAAAAUGUGUGUUAUUCACUCUCAAGCUUUUAACAUUUCUCUGGAGUUAAUUCAGUUUAUCCAGAUCCAUACUUUUCCUUCUCUGCUGAGUCAUGUACAGUUUGAGAUCUCAAGAGCCUCUAGAUACUUUAGAUUCUACAGUGUUCACUUCAAAUUUCACAUUUAAAUUUGAACUUGUCAACUAGAAACAACUAACCACUUUGUCCAUUUAGUUUAGCUUAGUGACUUGUGACGUCUCUCUAGUAAUACUAACUAAAUUCUGUCUGUUCCUCAGGCUUGAAAGUUUGAUCCCAAUUUUGAUUUCUUAUUUUCCCUCAUAUACAACUUAUAAUCAGUCUCUAAACACUAUUGAUUGUUUUGUCAUAAAGUUCAUCUAACUCCGAGGCUUUUUACCUCUACUUCAUUCUUCACAUCAUUACUGAUUUAAUUCUUAAGAAUUAACUCAUGUGUUUCUCCACUACUCAGAAUCCUCCAGUGACUCAUUAAUUGGUACUUAACUUCACCUUAUCCCCUCAAUUUAAUUUUGAUAUGUAAGUAUUUGUACUUACCUAUACUACUCUUUCAUGACUAUUUCAGUUUAGUUAAAAUGGUACUCAUAUAUCACUGAAAGUAUAUCUCAUUACUUAGUUUAUUCAUGAUGAUUUCAUAUUUUUAAAAUGUGAUCCCUUCCAGAUCAUUCAUGUGAAAUCAGGGGUAAGCUAAUGUGAACCAUAAAAUCACUGUCUUUUGAGGCAUAAUAUGAAAAAUCCUAACAUACAUCCUGGGUCAUAAAAAUUGUAUCAUUAUAAAAUAAUGUCAAUUUUUUCACUUAAGAAAAUUUUUAUAUCUUGUUUUCAAAUAUUCACAUAAGUGCAUAAAUAACUGCCUUAAAUUGAGUCUUCUAUGGAAUUUGAAACUUUGUGAAAUCAAAAUCUCUUGUGAAAUAUGUAUGUUGUCUUUUAUACAUGGAUAGCAACAGCUUUAAAUAAAUGGUAAAGUCUUCUUGGUCAAGUGGCAACUUGCCACCAAGGACAUAUAAACAGCAUACUGGUGACUUGACUAUUUUCCCCAACAACUAUUCAUAACUUCAUUACUUAGUCAAAAGACAUACACUGAGAGAUGGUUUGCAAUGUUUAAUGCAUGUGACUAUGUUUACUGUGUUUUUAAAUAAGAGAGUCUCUGGGGGUUUAGUCUUCCCAUGUUUUGCAUAACUGAAUGCAUCUAACUGUGAAUUUUAUAUAGAAUUACAUUAUAAAGCAUCUGAUGCUUAUUUACCAAUUUUGUUUAUUCUGUUCAAAAUCAACAGGCUAUGCUGAAAAUUGAUAAACCUUUUUUUUUAUUUUUUACAGUAUAAGAAAUAAAAUAUAUUAUCC